AUGAAGCAUGUGGGGCCAAUAACAUCAUUAGCAAUCAACCUUUCUGAUGACAUCAUAUAUUCAGCUUCCCUUGAUAGGACAGUGAAGGUAUGGAGAAUAUCAGACCUCAAAUGCAUUGAGACCAUCCAAGCGCAUUUAGAGCCCGUCAAUGCCGUUGUUGUGGCCGAUGAUGGUAUCCUUUACACCGCCUCCGACGAUGCCUCAAUCAGAGUUUGGCGGCGCAACUUCUGUAGUGGGGAAUGGCCCCAUUCGCUCACUGUAACCCUCUCUUCCAAGCACUCACCUGUAAGAACCCUAACCCUAACCUCAGACAACGGGGUGCUGUAUGGUGGUUGCACUGAUGGUUACAUUCAUUAUUGGCUUAAGGGAUGGUUCCCAGGUCAAUUACAAUACGGUGGUGCCCUCCAGGGUCACACACAUGCAAUAAUGUGCAUGGCCAACGUGUCAAAAUAUGUGAUUAGUGGCUCAGCUGAUUCAACCAGUAGGGUUUGGGUGAGAGAUUCAGUUGGACAACACACAUGCCUAGCAGUUUUAGUGGGGCAUAGAGGACCUAUUAGGUGUGUUACUGCAUUUUUGGGGCGAUUAGAGGAUGAUAAUGAAGAUGGUUGCACGAUUUGCACUGGAAGUCUCGACGGGGUCUUGAAAUUGUGGCGUGUGACACGUACCAACAAGGAAAGUGGGAGUUUGUCACAAAAUGCAAGCGAUUAAUUUUGAUCUGUAGCGGGGACUUUAUAUUGGAUUUCUGGUGCAAAAUGUGCAGUACAUAACUAUUCUGAGAAUUGAAAGUGAAAGGUGAAGUCCAGAUGCAUGCUUUUCAACUCGUCAAAACAUGGGGGCAUGAGGAAGAUGAAGCGAUCAGUCUUGCCAGUUAAUUGUAUCGUAGAAGAUAUGUGCAAGAUCCU